ACCAGAAGCCCGCAGGGAUUACAAUGAGCCGAUUGGUGAACACGCUCAUCCUGUUCAUGAGCUUGGGACUGAACGCCCACAGUUUACAUGAUCGGGGCAUGGUCUAUGGGUUUGAGAAUAUUGAACCAUCAGCCAAACUCACAUGGACACCAUGUUUCGAUGCCUUGAAUUGCGCUAGACUGGAAGUUCCUUUGGAUUAUUCAAACAGAAGCCUUGGCACGACGUCGAUUGCCUUCAUCAAGCUAGCUGGCAAAAAUGCCACCGCCGAGUCUCCAAGCAUCAUACUCAACCCCGGUGGCCCAGGUGGUUCCGGUGUUGACCUACUCCUCACAUACCAGAAUCUCAUCGGGCAGAUGUUUGGAGAGCAGUACAACUUCGUCUCAUUUGACCCUCGCGGUGUGAACCACAGUGGCUUGCAUCUGGACUGCUUCGCGGAGGACGCAACAGCAAGGUCGGCAUUCUAUCGACUGCACAGAACAGGCGCCAGUAAUAUCUCAUCAACAUCGCUGGAGGAACAGUACUAUUCAAGCUCUAUCUACGGCGAGUGGUGCAACAAUGCUGUCGGGAGCAAGUCACCCUAUUCAUAUUAUGUGACUACGCCAGCAGUUGCCCAUGAUUUGCUCACAUUUAUCGAAGCCGAGGCUCUAUUGGCCGGUCAAUUACCAUCAAGCGCCAAACUGUGGUGCUAUAGCAUCAGUUACGGCACUGUCAUCGGCAGCACUUUCGCUUCCCUGUUUCCUGACCGCGUUGGGAGAAUGAUACUAGACGGUGUUCUGGACGCAGAGCAAUAUUAUAACAACUAUUGGACGGACAAUGUUGAACAAAUGGACGAGGCGAUAGAAACAUUCUCGACCUUUUGCCAUUCCGCAGGGCCUCAAAAGUGCUCAUUUUGGGGACCCACCCCGGCUAACAUCACAGCAAGAAUGGAUGGCAUUAUCCGUCAGCUUCUGAACCAUCCAGUCCCGCUAAGCGGCGUCGGACACGAAGACCUGCCGACAAUGGUCACCUAUUCAGACCUAAAGACUCUUUUUCUCAACACAGUCUACGCCCCACUGGCAAGGUUUCCAACCAUGGCCAACAUCCUCCACCAGGCCGAGUAUGGGAAUGUGUCUGCUCUUGUGGGGAUGUAUGAUCAGUCGAGUCCUAUAACUGACGCCCGUCUCGCCAUUACAUGCACCGACUCGUAUCGCAGGAACAGACUUACUACCAUGGAAGAGUUCAAGAUUUGGGCGGAGUACACGAUUUCCAAGAGCAAGUACAUCGGUGAUAUCUAUCCUACCUUCCUGGAAGGUAUCUUAUGCCGAUCAUUCCGACCGCAGUUACCGGAUAGCAUGGUAGUUCAAGACGAAAUAAGUGCACUAAGCAUGCCUACGUCCUUCCCGAUCCUGAUUGCGAGUAAUACCAUUGACCCUAUCACGCCGUUGAAAUCAGCGCGCCAGAUGUCAUCACGGUUUGCUGGAUCGGUACUUUUAAUGCAAGAAGGCGUUGGUCAUACGGUCAUCAACCAGGGGGCGUCAAAUUGUUACUUUCGGCAUAUUCAGGCGUACCUCCAAGGUGCAGUUCCAUCAUCCAACAGUACAUGCCCCCGACAGUACACUCCUUUCAUAGAUGCUUCCCCCCUUUAGCGAUCGUCCAAUCCAUGGAGAAAGGUUCGGUCAAUUAAUGGAAAGGAAGGAUCAGGGUCAGUUAAGUGCUGCAUUGUCAAAGUAUGUGGAAAAUAGAUAUACACUGGUUCAAAGGUGAAAACAUUUCAUAUCUGUUAUUGAUUCCUACGCUCCUUUUACUCCUCUAGUAUUACAUUGUGUAUUAUUCUAUUCUCACUUCAUCUCAAAUUUGGUUGAUCCAUCUAGCAGUAUCAAAGAAUAGCAAUAGAUGUGAUAGAUAUAUACUGGAACACUGAGAGUCGACCAGUGGGUGAAGAACUGGAGUGAACAGUUGACUACUACCGCGAGUACGUGUGGUCUUGUGCGUUAUUUACUAUGUGGAAUUUGCGGAGAGGAUAUACAGAGUCUAACUGUACCUCUUUUUCCAGUUCAAAUACUACUUAGAUAUCACUACUUUAGUUGGAACACUUAUUGAGUUUUACUAUGUUGAGGUUUCCGCAAUAUUCAAUAACAUUUAGCAAGUAGGUUGCUGCCUCAUGCCCACUAGCCUUAUA